AUGUCAGACAAUCAGGGAGAUGCAUCGCAAUUCAAACGAGGAGAACGAAGAGAACGCAACGGGUUAGUUAGUGACUUUAUCAUCCAUUUCGUGCGUUCCAUGGUGAAAUUCAAAUUGCAGGUUCAAUAAACCACGGAUUCUGCCGAUGAACGGAAACCAACGCGCGAAUGAGCAGAAAGCAGACGAAUGCAUCCGUCGGUUCCUCCGGUCGGGAGAGACCAGCGAAAUCCUUCCAGAAAUGUCCAGAGAUCUGCGGAAAGUGUUGCAUGACGUCGCCAAGAGCCAUGGUCUCGUCACGAAAAGUUACGGAAAAGAACCGCACAGACACAUUGUGAUCUCUCUACGGAAUACGAAACUGACGCGAUCAACUCUCACUCUGACUGAUCCGAUCGUUCCGGUGUCAUCGAGUUUCGCGUCGCUAUUCCAAUUCAACACCCAAAAUCCAAUUCGGAAGUCUGAUGUUAAGCACUUUCUAACUGAAAAACCGACGAAAUUGUAUCAACCGAAAAGUGGAUCAUCGAGGCAGAGAUCUGCGAUCCCACCAAAAUCGAAAUGCCCGAAAGCAAUGAGAAUUUCCAAGUGAGUCAAAAACGAAAGCAAUUGAAGAACGGUAUGUUUUCAGAAACAAACUGCCAACUACGAAGUACAGAGAGCAAGUUCUGGCUUCCAUCAGAAAGCAUCAAGUGGUGAUUAUCAGCGGAGGAACGGGAUGCGGAAAGACGACACAGGUGCCGCAGUUCAUUCUCGAAGAAGCGCACGAAAAAAAGGAUCCCGUUCGGAUUAUGGUCACGCAGCCACGGCGAAUUGCGGCUAUGGCAAUAUCGGAGAGAGUGGCUAAAGAGAGAGGAGAACCCCACGGAGACACUGUUGGUUUUCAGGUCAGACUGGAAAGCAAGUGAGUCGUCGUUGGAAGGAAGUGUUCAGCUGUAUUUUCACAUUUUCAGGCAGAGCGACAGAACGCUUUUGACAUAUUGUACAACUGGAGUGCUCCUCAGAAUGCUGACUGCGGAUCCUGUCGCUUCUGGAAUAACGCACAUCAUCAUGGACGAGAUCCAUGAAAGAGAGAUCAACACGGACUAUCUGCUCAUCGCAAUCCGUCAGUGUCUGCACAAGCGUCCGGAUCUCAAAGUGAUUCUGAUGUCCGCCACAAUCGAGGGAAGUAUGCAAAUGUUCGCAAAGUACUUCGAAAAGCAGAAAGUGGACGUCAUCCGCAUCGAAUCCCGCACUUUCGACGUCAAAAUCUUCUGGCUCGAUCAAAUUCUGGCCAUGUCUGGAUACGAACCGCCCGUCGCUCGCAGCUUCUUUGUUCCGCUCAAAUUCGAAAUAUCCGAUUGGAAAGAAGAUAUCAAAGAGAUCAAAGAGCAACAAAAAAAACAGAAGAUCGACGAAUCGGUGCUCGUGCAGCAGCAAACAAAUAUGAUGGAAACUGAUCCGAUUUACGCACCGCCCAUUACUGUGUAUGUCAACUUCAUAAUACGUCAAAAAAUCAUUUUCAGAUCUGAGCCUGCGAUCAGACAGUGGGAAUCCGGAGAAUACCGGACUUUGGAGGGCGAUGUAAUCCCCGGUUCUGUCAUGGACGAUUUCAUGCGUGCGGUUGGUCACCCAGAUUUCCGUCCAAUGAUGAUCGACUUCCAUCCGACAGUCCCCAAAAGUCAGCGUCCGACCGAGAUCACUUCCCAUGGGCGGAUCCCUCCGAUCGUCAUUCCUCCACCUCCACUGUCUCCCGAACCGGUUCAAACACCUUCUUCCACGAAGAGCGGUCUGGGAAGACUCGUAGAUUACGAUGGAUUCGGGUUUGGAGUAAGUGACCGACUGGCUGAGUCUCGUGUCGUUUCUAAAUAAAACGUGUUCAGGAAAAGCAAGAAAUGGCUCAGUUGCUCGAGAAGAAGUUCCGAGAGGAAUUGAAAAAUGUUCUGCCGGACGGACCAGUUUAUUAUCAUCCGCAUGUCAACGAGAAAGUCGAAAGCGUCGAUUUCGAAAAGUUGAGACUAGCGGAGAAGUAUCAUCUUUUCUACGGAGACGACUUCAAGAAUACGAUAAACCAUCAUCUGGUCGACCACGUCAUCAAGUACCUGGCUGACAGUCCGGUAUUCGGAUCGAUUCUCGUCUUUCUUCCGGGAUACGAUGAUAUUCAGGAAAUGAUGAACCGGGUAAGCGACACCGGAUAAAAAGAGAAAACGAAAGAGAGGUUUCAGAUCGAUCAGUGGAAGCAUGCGCUGAAGAAUAUUAAAGACGUGCUCGUGAUUCCGCUGCACUCCCAAAUGACGUGUAUUGAUCCCGGACAGGUCUUUAGAUCUGUCAGCGUUGACACUCGGAAGAUUGUGAGCGCGCUUUUCUAUUUGUGAGCUCAUACUUUCGCUCAGAUUCUCGCCACGAACAUAGCGGAAGCUUCCAUUACCAUCGAAGACGUCAUUUUUGUAGUGGAUACUGGAAAGGUCAAGGAGAAAUCGUACAACCACGAGGCGAAAUUGAGCACUUUGGCAGUGACUCCGAUUGCCAGAAGCAAUGCGCAGCAGAGAUCCGGACGGGCGGGACGAGUUACCAACGGAUACUGCAUCCGUUUGUUUUCGGAAAGCGAAUACAACGAAAUGCUGGAGACACAGCUGGCCGAGAUGAAACGGGCGGCCAUUUACGAUGUGACCUUGCACGCGAAACUGUUCGCUCCCCACAAAACCAGCAUUUCCGAUUUCCUUUCGUUGGCUCCCGAGCCGCCAUCCGAAGAGUCCAUCGAGCAGUCAAUGCAAUUCCUCGAACAGAUCGGAGCGUUUUAUGCACCGAACAAGUUUAAGUCGGGAAGUAACUAUGAGCCGGACGACGAAGAAAAGGAUCCGGACCUGACUGAUUUGGGACGACUAAUGGCACGGCUUCCGCUGGAUCCGCAGCUGUCCAGAAUGCUCAUUUUUGGACUGGCGCUCAAGUGUUUUACCCCAAUUGUCAACUUGGUUGCAAUGCUCGCAAACAGAGAUCCAUGUGAGCCCACGCCAUUCCUUUUCGAUCAAUCGUUCAUCUCUUUUCAGUCAUUUUGACUUCUCUGGAAAGUCGCGAGGAACAGACCCGCAGAAAGGCUUUGGUGGCUCUCUCCGACUUCUCCGACCAUCUUAUGCUCAUUCGUCUCUGCAGCGCUUUUGUGGUCAAGUCUGCACAGCAACAACAUCAUUUCUGUCGUGAAAACUAUCUGAAUUACUCGACGAUGAGAAUGGUUGUGGGAACUCGUCGACAGUUGCUCCAAGAGCUCGCGCGUGCCAAACUAAUCAGUGUUCCUCAAGAAAGGGAUCUGACGACAGCGUUCACCGACAUGGCAUUCAACAGACAUUCGGAUUGCUGGCCGAUGGUUCAGGCGGCCAUUGCAGCCGGAUGUUAUCCAUCGAUCGGAGUGAGCUCGGCCGAUCAGAGACUGAAGAAGAUCCAGACUUUGUAAUCUGGAGAAGAGGAGGUUUAGAAAUGAAAAAUUGUCUUGUUUCAGCAACGACAGACCCGCUUCAUUGCAUCCGUCUUCGAUGGUCAAGAAGCAAGUUCUGAAAAUGAAUAAACAGGCGAAACUGGACGCCCGUUUGGAGUUCGUCGCCUUUCAAGAACUCGUCCAGAUACCAUCGGACCUUUCGCUAUCGAUGAAGUUGAUCACUGUGAUCCCUUCCAUUACGGCGCUUCUGUUCACUGGCCCGAUCCGAAUGACCGAGCAGGAUGUCGAGGACUAUCAGAUUGGUAAUAAUACCUCAUUUUCACAUUCAAAAAUUUUAUUUCAGUACACGAAAAUGAGGAGAAACUAGAAAAUAAGGAACGAAGUGCCUUCGACACAAGUUCAAUCACUUAUGAACUCGAUGCGUGGUAUGGUGUAAGAACAGGAAGAAAGGUUAGUGGAUUCAAAAUGACAAUAGUUCACUCCUCAUUGGGCUCCUCCAAAAAGUCAUCUUCGUCGCUCUCUUCUUCGUUCCCACGCGAUUUCCUCACCGAUUUUUUCUUGAUUCUCGCCUUGUCCAUUUCUGGGAAGCACUCGAUGACCAUUUGAUUGAGAAUCUCUUCCUCGUGCGGCAGAAGGCAUUCUUUGAUGCGGAUCGUCCCGGUCAUUUUGUGUACCGUUUUUGCAUGAAUAGCCACAUUCGAGCGGUGACGGUUCUUGAAACCACACCCUUUGAACGGACAAACGUACCUCAUGAGAUUGGUGUGAAUGAUUGCGUGGGCGCUUCUUUUGUGCCAAUCGGAUUGAAGGGUCUUGAUUUUGUUUUUGCACACCGCGCAUUCGAAUGUUUGCACCAAAUUUGCUCUCGAAUACGGAGUCUCCUUGUUCCGUCCGCCGCCUUUUGCACGAUUUUUGAGUGUCCGGGCAGAUGAUGACGAUGGCUCAGAUGCACUUUCUUCCCAUUCGUAAUCGUACUCGUUCGGUUGAUAGCCCAUGUCGUUUGACUGGUUCUUCACGCCACUUUGCACAUAGUUUGCACCUCCAUACAUCGUAGACGGUUCGUAAAACGAGUUGUACCGUUGUUGCACAUUCAUAUUCUCGGACUUUGCUUCUAAAAGACCUGUCGUGUCGAUCGGCGGUGGUAUUUCGAUUAUGCCUUGCGGUUCCACACGAAUCGGAGCAUUCAGGGCGUAUCGUUUAACGGUGGAACCUCCAGAAUAUCGGUACCAUCCGACAUUGGUUCAUCUGUAAUCUACCGACUACUACUUCAGUCGUCGAGAAUUUCGACUCACCGUACGUAUUCGGAAUUUCGGGUUGCUUCUGAUCGUUCGUGCAAUGCGUCGCUUUACUCAGAUGUUUCCUUUCGUUCGCAUACUCGCAGAUAUCGUUUGUGAUUGUGAAACGAGCAUUCGUAUGUGUCAUCUGCCAAUGAGAUUUUAUUUAAUAACAGCAGUAGAAUUGUUCACUCACCAAAAUGUUCACGAUGUCGAGCGCAUUUUCUUUCUCCGAUACUUCAAUAACGAUAUAUUUUGUGGGACUCGUCAUUGUCGGGUCGAAAUCGAUUCGAAUGCGAAUGUGAGCGAGUGGAAACGACAAGUGGGGAAGAAGAACGAGACGGCGAGAGAGAAGAGAGAGAGAGUACGCGCGAAUGAAAGUCUCAGAGUGUUGUCGCGCACACAACAAUUCAGCGAGUGAAGUGGCAAGACGCACUCGGCUAUUCGCCUGAUAUCCAACACGAGAAAAAGCGCCCGCGACAUUCGAGUUGUUGAAAUCGCGCCCCAUUGCGAUGUAAAACACGGCCGCGGUCACAGAAUUUUCAGAAUGAGCACUUUGAAAAGGAGAAAUACGAGUUUGAAUGUGAUGGUACACUGUUUCUAGUAUAUUAAACAAACUCAAUACACAGAGGAGAGCAGUGAAUUCUAAUACUUGCAGACGCUUACGCAAUUCCUUCGGCUUCGACAUCAGUUUAUGCACUUCUUCCUUCAAGGAAUUCAUGAUCCGCAACAGUUCGGACAGAACACUUCUCAUUUGCACGUGGUAUUAUUUUGCCUCAUUUCUCAAGCAGCUUCACGCUUUGAUUUAGAAAAUGCUGAAAGUGGCUCGAGACUUGCUCAGAACGGAACACUUGCGAAACAAUUUCGUCGCAGUAGAGAUGCCGAAUUACUUCUUGAAAGAAUACGAGCCGCACGGAAAACCGAACAAACCGCAAAAGUCGCAGCCGUCAGAGAAACAGGUGCAGCAGAAGACUGUGAGUUUCAAUCGCAGCAAGCAGCUCAUCUCGUUCAGAAAAAAUUAAAGGUCAAAAAAAUGGGCGAGGAACUGAAGAGCGGCAGUUUCAGUAAGCCGCCAAAUGCUCAACAUCCGGGACAGAAAUGGCAUUCUGUCCGGCCGAAUUCACAGUCGCUUACGCAGCCAUCGAACGUGGUCCCACCAGUGAUACCAAACGGAAAUCGGUUCCCAUCUGCGGCCAACAACUGUUUCCAGAAUCAGUCCGGCCAUGGGUACGUGCACCAACCACAGAACAUGCAGUACUACAAUGUGCCAGUGUCACAUUACCAAAACCCGCAAACGGGAUGGGCUCCGUGCAUGCAAUUCCCACAGUUGAUGCAGAACAUUCCAACCCCUCCGACCGUCCCAUCGCGGCAAAUAACCCCUCCAGCGCCACCAGUAGCGCCGUCUCCGGAAUUACAGCAAAGAGACAACUCAGCCACAAGAUCGAGCUUCUUCAUGGGAGGAUUCGCUUCGAGAGGAAACAAGUCCCACAUGAGGGUAAGGGUUGAGAAGUGCUACGUUUAGAAUCAGAUGAAUUUCAGUCGGCAAACAGAAGAGGAGGUGGGCCGAAUGGCUUUGACAAGUCCGAUCCGCGGCAGUGA